AUGUAUAAUAGAAGUAUGAAUGAGGAGUUGUCGAUUCAUCGACAUAGUUUGAAUAAUACUGGUGAUGUUAAUCAGAGUGGAUUGUUAGCAUCACAUGAGAGUACGAUGAAGUGGAAAUUGCGACAAGAGGCUCGAAAUAAAUUGUUGCAGACGGAAGCGCAGAAAAUACCAUCAGAUGAAGAUAUUGACGCGUUCGGUGAUCUCUUGAAAUCGCACUGUCAACGGACGUCAACAGAUGACGUGGAACUGAUCAGAUACGAUGAAUAUCGAAAAGCUAUCGCAGAAGUGCACUCAGAAUUGCUGAGAGCAUUCAUACCGUCGAACCUAUUCAUGAGUCUACUGACGGCCUACAAUGACGACCAGUUCGGUCGUAUACCAGUGCAAGUUGUGAUUGAUUAUUUGCGAUUGAGAAAGGAUAAGAUGAAUAAGAUUAUCACGUUGAAUUAUUACGAUUCGAAUGGAAAAGGAUAUCUGACAGAUGAAGAUUUGAAUGAUUACAUAUCUGAGGAAUAUAUGUCACGUUCACCAGUGAUCACUUUAUUGGAGAUGGAAACGGCGUUGUGGGAUGAGAAUUGUAUUGCUGCUGCUGCUAAUGCUGAGGGGGAGAGUAAACGGCAGCGGGAUGAUUCGAGUGAGGAUAAAAGCGAUAAAGGGAAUGAUAAAAGUGAUGAUAAGGAUGGUGGUAGUGAGAGCGAUGAAGCAAAAGUGAUUGUAUCGCUCGGUAGUGCUGUCUCAGAACAAACCACUUCGAAUUGUGAUAAAAUUGCAAUUGGAUUUUUUGAUUGGAGGUUCUCGAAAGGAAACUUUCACCGUGUAGCCGAAUUGUAUGUGCAGUUGGAUGGUGAUGGAAAUGGUCUGUUGGAUGCGAGUGAGCUGGCUGACUUCAGACGUAUCACAAACACUUUCAUCAACAGGUUGAUUUCAGUUUUUGUGAAGUUUAUGAAUGUGGUUAGUGUUGACAUUGUUAAUCAAAUAUUCCAAGUGACGCAGACAUAUGAGAAGGAUCCGCCGAAAAUUGAUUUGCGUGUCUUCAUUGACUUCUUAUUGGGCAUCGAGAAUAGAUCGGAUCCCGCGUCGAUAGUGUACCAUUUUCGGGUGUUGGAUUUGAACGGAGAUGGUUACUUGGAUGCAUUUGAGUUGAAGUAUUUCUACGAUGACAUGGCAGUGUUAUCAGAGCAGUGUUAUGGAGUUGAUAGCGAAAUGCAGUUUGCGUUGCCGUUGUUUGAGGAUAUUAAAGACGAGAUCUUUGAUAUGGUAAAACCGAAGGAUCCGUUAAGGAUAUCAUUAGAAGAGCUGUUGGCGUGCGGUCAAGGUGGCACAAUCUGUGGUAUGAUCACAGAUUUAGAUUGUUUGCUCGAAUAUGAAAACAGAGAAGAUCCAGGAAGAUUACAGGAGGACUUAAAAUUGCGUGUUGAGGAAGACGGUAAAAUGAUGGAGGAUCGACGUGACAGCGCUGAGAAAUUGAAGGAUGCCAAUGAGAUGAUGGAAUUUCACAAGAGAUUAGUUGAAGCAACGGAGAAAUUGCAACAGCAAAAACUGAAUGAAAAUCCAUUGGAAAAGACGAACGCAACAGAGGUGGUUGAUAACGAUAAUGAUAGAGAUGAAUCAGAAGUUAUUGCUCGGAAUGAAAAUGACUUCGAAAAUGAUGAAAAUUCAGUGGCAAAAGAAGGAGAAGGGGAAGAGCGGCCAGUCUGGGAAUUACCAGUGGUUGAGUAUCAGAAACCAUUGAAAAAGGAUCCAGAACGGGUGCUGUACGUGAUGAAACAUAUGCGUUCGAUGACAUUGGCUGAGAUGAGACGAUAUCUGAAAGAGGAUCAUAUUGAUUCACGUGGAACACGAGCCCAAUUGAUGGCUCGAUUGCGGAAGUAUUAUCGUAGAGAUUUUGCGAUUAUAAAAAGUGAUGAACCGAUGCGCAAUAGAACGGAACGAUAUUAUGAUUAUUUCGUGGUGAUGGAUUUUGAGUGCACUUGUGAAGAUGAAGUGUAUGAAUAUGAGCAUGAAAUUAUCGAAUUUCCAGCUGUACUGGUGGAUGUACGCAAUAGACGAGUUGUGGACACGUUCAGAUCGCACGUGCGACCAACGCUAAAUCCGAUACUGAGUGAAUUUUGCACUAAGUUAACGGGUAUAACGCAAGAAAUGGUCGAUAACGCAUUGCCUUUCACGGAUGUUUUAGUGUCGUUUCGGAUGUGGAUGCAAUCGCAUAGACUAGGACAGGAGAACGCUCGAUAUGCGUUUGUUACUGAUGGACCAUGGGAUAUUGCGAAAUUUUUUCAAAUGCAGUGCUUACAGGUUGGCUUUGAUUGUUAUUGCUUUGAUUUGUUGAUACAAUUCAUAUGUGGAAUGUUAUCGACGUUGGGUAUGACUUUUGAGGGACGUGAACAUUGCGGAUUGGACGAUUCGAAGAAUAUCGCUCGUAUUGUCAUUCGAAUGCUUGAGGAUCGCUCUGAACUGAGGGUCAAUGAGAAACUGGCUCGAGGACGAGACGAUUCUAAUAAGCGGCAAGCCACCGGCAGAAAUUCGUCGAUGAGCAAUCAGAGCAAGCAUCAAAAUGCGGAUACUGCUGAAAGGAGAUGUAAGAGCGCAAGCUUAAGCCAAGGCCAGCAGAACGUUGGUGAAAUCAAUGAAAACUUGGGCGAAAGCAAACGAGCAGAUCAAACAGAACAGAGACAACGUUGGCGUGAUACACUGCCGUUGAAAGUGCAUUCGGUUUGCAAGGAUGCAUUCAUCAGUGGUGAAUAUUUGGAUUGUGAUACGUGUGAUGAGGCAUUCGAUUGA